UCCGUUUAUGUAGACCAGUUUCCAUGAAAUUCCGAAGGUUCCCUGGGUGAUUGUCUGUUCAUUCACCAGUCGGGCCGGGGUUAAAACCGAGCGAUACUUAUACAACCUUUACACCGUGAUUAUGAAUCGUUCUUACAAAUUCAACCUGAGGCCCUUCUCUCAUUGUGAGAGACGAGCUUGGACAAUAUCGCAACCAUUCUACCCUCAAUUCGCUCAGUUAUCGCCAAUACCCUUGCAAAGAUGACAGAACAGUAUUUUAUUUUCUCUACUGCUCCCAGACUUCCAUUAACCUCCUGCACAGACGGACUAUCAUGUUUGCAGGAUCGCCUCUCAAUCGGCUGUCCUGGCUGCGUACAUCUCAUUCUUUCCUCAAUUCUAUCAUAGUUUCUCCCAAAUCACGCUGGCUUUUGUUCAAAUCUGGAAACCCUCUCACCUCUAAAUCCGAAGGCAAAUCCAUUUUAGCUUAUCUCUCCACAAAAGACGUUGGUCCAUUCAUCGGGGAGGCUCCGCAUUUUGGUCAGGGAAAGGAAUCAGGUCUAUUGACUUCAGAGGAACAAAUAACUGCUACUGAAGGAGUUCGACACCGCGGGUCACCUAUCGUCUUUCUGGGAUUACACGAAAACACUUCUUCGGGCAGUGGGGCAUUGCCCAGUAGUGAUUUCAUCGAUGCAGAGAAAGCCGUAGCCAAGCUCGAAGGUGUACCAUAUUUCGCCAUGGACGUCGCUGAUCUAGAGAUGGAAGAUUCAGCGAUAGAGACUGCCUUAAAGGAGACCGAGGUCACCAAAGCUGGAACAACCUUGACGUGGUUAGAUGCUCGAUCUGUCAUGACAAACGCAAACUUGUUUGAUGGUGCCAUCUUUGCGGAAGCCAGGAGUAUGGUUGAUUGGAAUACGCGAAACAAGUUUUGUCCAGGUUGUGGUUCACGACAACAUUCACUUUGGGGUGGCUGGAAGUUUGGAUGUUCUACGCUCAUGCCUUGGUCAGACAACACUGGUCGCAAACCAUGUCCGUCUGGCAAAGGACUUCAUAACUUUACCCACCCACGCAGUGAUCCCGUGGUUAUCAUGCUCGCAGUUGAUGAGACCGGUGAAAAAAUCCUUCUGGGACAGAACAAUCGGUUCAAAGGACAAUUUUACUCUGCUUUGGCUGGUUUUAUUGAGCCAGGAGAGACAUUCGAGGAUGCCGUGAAGCGUGAAAUGUGGGAGGAAGCUGGUGUCAAAGCCUGGGAUGUUCAAUACCAUUCUGGUCAACCUUGGCCAUUCCCAGCUUCUUUGAUGUGUGGUUUCUACGCACGAGCUGAUUCGACGCAACCCGUCCGUGUAGAUCUCGAUAACGAGCUUUCAGAUGCUCGUUGGUUCACUCGCGAAGAAGUCAUGUCUGUCUUGAAUCACGCUACCGGGUCGUAUCUGGAUUUGGCCAAGCUCGCAGAAGCCUCUUCACAGUUGAACAAGGACGCGAAUGACCCGCCGUUCAGAGUCCCUCCAACAACUGCCAUUGCUGGUGUGUUGAUUAAGGACUGGGCAGAAGGAAAAGUACAGUUUCCUCCGUUUGCUUUGAACAGCCUGAAAGGAAAUCUGUAG